AAAAAAUAUGGAUGACCAAGAGUGGAAAACUAUUACGGAGGUGAUCAACACGGACUUGGGCAAGAUGAUCAAAAAUCAAGCGCAGGUCGAUGAUGCACCACAUAUGGUGAGCGACAGCCAAGGUCCUGCUCGAGUGAUAAUAGGGCAAAUCUGUUACCAGUUGGUGCCUGGCGCAGUUCUCCCUCCUCCUCGUCCUUUGCCACCAAAUUCAAAGAGAACGAGGAAUACAUCAGGGCCCAAGGAGGAGAGGCCCUACAUUAAGAAGCCACCAAACGCCUUCAUGCUGUUUAUGAAGGAGCGGCGGCCUGUCGUGAAGGCCCAAUUUCAAAACAGUGACAGCGCCGCUGUGAAUAAGAUUCUGGGGCAGAUGUGGAAGUCGCUGACGCCGGCUGAGCAGCUCCCAUUCUUCCAAGAAUCGGAGCGGCUCAGCCUGAUGCAUGCCAGCAUGCACCCGGACUGGACCUGCAGAGACAACUACGGCAUAAAGAAAAAGAGAAAGUGGGCCUGUGCAGCCACCAGUUCAAAUCAUCUGACCAGCUCUGCACCUGAGCUCGCAACUUUAUUCAACCAGAAUGAGGGGCCCGAGUUUGACUCUAUUUUGGAACUGGCGGAGUCAGUGUCGCAGUCCUCCAGCACGGAUGCGGGGCCCGAGGCGGACCUGACCUCCGCCUUGUUCCGCCAACUGGAGGAGUUGGAGGCGGCGGAAGCAGCGGCAGCGUCGUUCUCAACUUUUUGCUGCAAAAUUGACACAGCAGAGGGAGAGAGAUCUAAAGACUGGACCAUAUUAAAUAUUUAAGGAUAGACUUUUAAUGUACAGUAUUUCCAAUGUUUUUACAACCCUAUGUAUAUAAAACUUAUGAAUUACUUCUUUUUUUCUCUAUUAAUCUUUCUAAAAAUCUAUUUUAUUAAUUAUAUUCUGUGUUUUUUUUUACCUAAAACUUUUAUAUGAAAAUGCCAACUAUAUAUAUGUUUAUUGAUUAAAACAAUGUCUUACAACAAUAGGACCUUGUUUUUUUUCCCCCUCCCAAAAAUAAUGUUUGUCAUUCUGCAAAUUAAUCAGUGGUUAUUGAGGUGAUUAAUUUUAGCACGUGAGGCACAUAGUGACUUGCAGUUUAAAAUGAUCAAAACGACACGAGACAGCAGCAGGCUAAAACACUGGUGGUAUCAGGUCUUAUGCUGUGUAAAGGAAUAGAAGUUGUCAAUGUAACGCUGCUGUUCUUUCACACAGCGUUAAGACCUGAUAAAUCCUGCGGCUGCGCAAGAUCAGUGUCUGGCGGCCUUACAGAUUUUGUCAACAAAUCAAAGUCAUGACAAGGAUAGAUGUCGUUUCAUGUUUUGAAAUGUUUCUUAUCUUUUGGAGAUAUGGGUUGAGUGAGGUAUUUAGUUCUAAUCCCUACUUUAAUCUGUGAUAUACUGGAAUAUUAUGUUUUCUAUCAAUAAGGACUGUGCACUAUGACAAAUGUAUGUAAUUCUAGAGUUUACCAGGAGAGGGGAUACUCGCUCUUCUAAUGUAACUGUGUUUCUGAACUGCUGCUCAAAGUUCAGUAAAGAAAUGUGAACAAAAUCAGAGGUGUUGUACGACUUUUUUUGGCCACGAUGCAUCUAUUAGGAUAAAAUAUUUUUCCUUAUUAAUGACACCUCCCUGGUGAGGUGUUCCAGGUGGUGGCUUCAACCUGAUUGAGACUUCAAAAUA